CUGCGCGUGCGCAGAAGGCCUGGCGGGCGCGCGGCACGAGCUACGAAGUCGCUGAGGAGCAGGCGAGCCAGUCCGUAGAGCUGACUUCGUUCGAGGUUGGCGCCCGCCCUUUUCAGAGAGCACUUAUUAGUGGGUAUGCUGGCCGGGGCCACUUUUCUGAGGCCGAAGGACUCCUAGUCAGUGUGUGAAAUACAGCCUGGCCGAGCCUGGAGCCGCCUGGGGCUGAGGCUAUCGUUUCGGAGCAAUGAGUUUAAAACCCUUUACCUACCCAUUUCCAGAGACGAGAUUUCUUCAUGCAGGACCCAAUGUGUAUAAAUUCAAAAUCAGAUAUGGGAACAGUAUCAGAGGAGAAGAGAUAGAAAAUAAGGAAGUCAUCAUCCAGGAGCUGGAGGAUUCUAUCCGCGUGGUCUUGGGAAACUUGGACAAUCUUCAGCCCUUUGCUACAGAACACUUCAUUGUAUUUCCCUGUAUCCUUUUUUUUUUUUUGAGAUGGAGUCUUGCUCUGUUGCCCAGGCUGGAGUGCAAUGGUGUGAUCUUGGCACACUGCAACCUCAGCCUCCCAGGUUCAAGCGAUUCUCCUGCCUCAGCCUCUCCAGUAGCUGGGAUUACAGGGAAACCAGUAAGUGACAGUCCUCUUGGGUUGGUCCCAGCUGAGAAGAAAGCAGUAGGAGCUGUGAUGAGGAAACGAAAACACAUGGACGAGCCCAGCUCCCCCAGCAGGCCAGGGCUGGACAGGGCCAAGAUAGGGACUUCCAGCCAAGGCUCCAGCAAAAAGAAGCCCCCUAUGGAAACCAGGAGAAACAGGGAAAGAAAAACCCAACAAGGAUUGCAGGAGACUCUGGCCUCUGAUAUCACUGGUGUCCAGAAACAAGAUUCUGAGUGGGGGCACAGCCUGCCAGGGCCAGUUGUCCUACCCCUGCAGCACAACUCACCUCCACCUAAGGAGCGAGCAGCCAGCGGCUUCGUUGGGUUUCUAAGCUCUCUCUUCCCGUUUCGAUAUUUCUUCAGGAAGAGCAGCCACUCUUGAGCCUUCCAAAUGCAGCGCUGGAAAGAGGAUCAUCUCUUGCAGUGACUCCUCCCGAAUCAUUCUUCCUCCAACUCUUUCCUUUUCUUAUGACACUUCAGUCAUGGAGAAUGAGGUCCCCAUGCUGAGUCCUCUGUGGUUUUAUCCUGUCCUUUGCCCCUUUAUAUAUAUUUUUUUCCGAUUUAAAACAUUAAGAAUGGAACUUUCUAAAAUGUUCAUGUCUGGAGGGCCCGUUUAGGCCUUUUGUCUUCAGCACUUAGGAUCCUAAUGAUAAUAAAUUAUUUAUGAAGAGUUA